CUCCAUCCCUUAUUCCAUCUCAGGAGGAAUCCGAAGGGUUACCGGGGCUCUGAGCGGCCCCCCAACGAAAUUCCGGGAAUCACAACCGUUACAGGACGACCAAAAAAAAAAUGGAAGCCCCCAGGAAUCCGCGACACCUGCUGGCCCUGGCCGCCGUCUUCGCUCUCACCCUUUCUCCGGCCCUGACCAUUGAAGUCUUCACUGAUCGGGAGAUCUAUGGCAAUGUGGCGUCAAAGGUCCACCUCUCCUGCACAUUCUGGUCCAGCGAAUGGAUCUCAGAUGACAUCUCAGUAAGCUGGCACUUCCAGCCAGACAAUUCUCGGGACACGUAUUCGAUAUUCCACUAUGCCAAGGGAGAAGCCCAUAUAGAUGACACGGGGCUCUUUAAAGACCGCAUCGAAUGGGUUGGCUAUCCAAGGAGCAAAGAUGGAUCCAUCAUUAUCCACAACCUGGACUAUAGUGACAACGGAACCUUCACCUGUGAUGUAAAGAAUCCGCCCGAUGUGGUGGGGAAGUCAUCCUACGUCCACCUGCUUGUCUAUGAUAAAGCUCCAGUCCGUGCCGGGAUGAUCCUUGGUAUCAUCAUUGGAGCUGCGCUGAUCCUGGUAAUCAUUGUGGCUCUCCUGGCUUACCUCAUCCGUUACUGCUGGCUAAGACGACAAAUCCGAGUACAGAGGGAGCUCAGCGCGCUGGAAAGAGGAAAGCUCCACAAGCUCUCAAAGGGCUCCAAAGGCUCACGACAGGCCGCUCCUUUCUUCCAGGCCCCGCUCCUCUCCAUGCUGGACCAGACCCGCAGCUUCAAGUCCACCAGCGACAAGAAAUCCAAAGGCCUAGGCGACUCCCGCAAGGAUAGGAAGUAGCAAUUAGCCGGCAGGGAAGGUACACAAAAGGCAGACGAAGAUUCCCCCCGCAGCUCUAAGGUGAUCUACACCAUCGAGAUGGAACUGAGGGGGGACGAAGGUGGGGACAAGCCCCACCGAGCCGCUGUGAAGUCUCCUAGCAAAAACAGCCUCAAAAACGCCUUAAAGAAUUUAAUAAAAAGUGACUCAGAGAAACACCCCUAAUCAACCAGAGACAGCCGGGGACCUGGGAGGAGUGACGUCCAAUGUGGAUCCAAGACAGGUCAAGUCAAUCAUCAUGUACACCUUGCCCAUUCUCUAAACAACAGCUAUAGCCAGGCCGGGCUUUAAUUGUGGCACAAAGAAGUUCAUGAAGGCAAAUUCUAGAAAAACCUCAACCAUGGAGUCCACCGAAAGCUUGGUUCAGCCUUCGAAUCCUUGAAAAACAAGUACUUUUUAAUUUCAUCAGCUUGUUGUGAAUGUUCCACCAGAUUGGCGGACACCAUGUUUUUUUGCAUCAACCAUAAACAUUCACAAUGUCGCCAAGAUGGACACGACUUUCGGUCCUUACCUAGAAGCUUCUCUUGGAGAAGUUUCUUGCUUUACUCCAAGGAAGUCUAAAUUAUCUACAUAACCAUAGACAUUCGUAAUGUCACCAAGAUGAACACUAGUGUUGGUGUUGGUCUUCACCUAAAAGCUUCUCUUGGAGAAAUUUCUCAUUUCAAUCCAAGGAAGUCUAAAAUAACGACAUAACCAUAGAUGUUCGUAAUGUCACCAAGAUGGACGCUAGUGUUGGUCCUCCCCUAAAAGCUUCACUUGGAGAAAUUUCUCAUUUCAAUCCAAGGAAGUCAAAAUUGACUACAUAACCAUAGACCUUCAUCAUGUCACCAAGAUAGACACUAGUGUUGGUGUUGGUCUUCACCUAAAAGCUUCUCUUGGAGAAAUUUCUAAUUUCUAUCAAAGGAAGUCUAAAGUUACUACAUAACCUAUAGAUGUUCGUAAUGUCACCAAUAUGGACACUAGUGUUGGUCUUCACCUAAAAGCUUUUCUUGGAGAAAUUUUUCAUUUCAAUCCAAGGAAGUCUAAAAUAACGACAUAACCAUAGACAUUCGUAAUGUCACCAAGAUGAACACUACUGUUAGUUCUCACGUAAAAGUUUCUCUUGGAGAAGUUUCUAAUUUUACUCCAAGGAAGUCUAAAAUUACUACAUAACCAUAGACAUUCAUAAUGUCACCAAGAUGGACACUAGUGUUGGUCCUCACCUAAAGGCUUCUCUUGGAGAAAUUUCUCAUUUCAAUCCAAGGAAUUCUAAAUUGACUACAUAACCAUAGACCUUCAUCAUGUCACCAAGAUGAACACUAGUGUUGGUGUUGGUCUUCACCUAAAAGCUUCUCUUGGAGAAAUUUCUUCUAAUUUCAAUCAAAGGAAGUCUAAAAUUACUACAUAAUUAUAGACAUUCGUAAUGUCACCAAGAUGGACACUAGUGGUGGUCUUCACCUAAAAGCUUCUCUUGAAGAAAGUUUCUCAUUGGAAGUCUAAAACGACUACACAAACUAAGGCCUUUAGUCCACUUUUUGGCCAAUAUAUUUCUUUAGAUACACAUAAGGUCAUUUGUUUGAGUUCAUUUCUUCCAUUUAGAGGUUUAGUUAUAGUUGCUGCUUUCCGAAAAAAAAGGAUAGUCUUGACUUUGGCCAUUUUGUUUGGCUUGACUCCAUUAUGACGUCCAGGCUCUCAUGAUCCACCCCCUGAGAGCAUUCUUCCCAGGUCCCCAGCAAGUUCUUCUGGUGCGGCUAAUGCCUUUUUUAUGAAAUAACAAUUUUGUGUUAAGCAUAGAACCAUCGUGUACCUUUUUUUUUUCCCUGCUGGAAAUUAGCAAGAACUCUCGGAGAAACCAAGAAUGAAAGUAGACCUCCUCUAGGAUACAUGGACCUCCACCCCACAGGAGUGGCUGCAAUGCGAUGCAAUGCAAACAUUACCCACCGGGAGCACCGUGUAUUCUCAAAGGAUCCUUUAUAUAUGAUCAAGGGACGGCUCACGAGGGGUAUCUAGUUCGGCCUCGCUUUUUAAAAUCAGAUGGGAUUGCCUCAUAUAGACCCUCGAGAAGAAAUAUGCCACCAUAAGCCUCCCUUCCUUCCUUUAAGCAGUCUUGACCCCCAGUUGUUCCUAACAAAAAAAAAGAAGACAUGGGACAUGGAUUAACAAAAUGAGGACAUGCGAUUUUUUGGCACACCAGGCAGCUGCAAAUCUCGUGUGCUCCUCAAAAUGUUUUGCGUAAAAAGUACAAGUAUUGCCCUUUCUGCCUCUCUCCAGGGCAAUAUUUCUACAGCGUCAACCCCCUAUGCCACCAACGGCAAGGCCGUUAAAGGCAUACCUAGUUUCUGUUAACUCCGCAGAGGCCUAAGCGGCAAUCCCAGCAUGCACCGGGGCCAACAGGAACCAUAAAAAACCCAAGUCCCUUCAAUGUUGGCCAAUUUUUGGAAGGAGCAACAGAGGGGCAAUUCUACCAGCCCCCCCCCCCCCCCUGAUUCCUCAGACCUUCUUGAGUUCCUGCAGGCCCUCAAGUCUCAAAUUGUAGUUUUUAAUACCGGUUUUCGUUUUGGUCUUCAGUACGUCGUAUUUUUUUUCUCUAUGGUGCUGCAUCGUACGCCAUUUUUUUUUUUGUUCCGGGAAAUGGAGACACAAUGAAGUUUUCGGGAGUUUUUUUUUGUAUUUAUAUGGAUAAAGAACAGAUUUUUUUUUUGUAUGUCCGGCCCUCUGUCAUUAACAUUAACCAACUUCACAUUUUUUUAUUUUUUUUUUGUAUUAUUUUUGAGACCUUCUCGAGUUCAGUUUUAUUUUUUCACAGCCUAUUCACAGUUCCUUGACAGUAGUAGUAGGAGGUUGCCAUGCAUCCUGGGAAGGUUACCUUCGGAAGAGGGUUUGACGGUUCAGCCUGUGCGGGGAUUGGCUAGCGUAGAAAUGACAACUUACACCACUCUGGGACGCUGUAGUUAUUAACAAACCGUGAAAAUCUAUGUGACGUGGGGGGGGGGCAGAAUCCCUUGGAAAAGGUUGGGAAACCCUUGUUUCAGCUCCACCUCCUAUGUCAACAUGUUAAUUGAAAGAGCUGAUCACAUUGGCGUCUGUACAAUGCAGGAGACGUGGCCGGUUUCUACUGGAGCUCCCUGCUAUUGUGAGAAGGUGUCCUGUGUUUAUACUUAUGAUUAUGUAUCAUCUACUGUGGGAAGCUCAACAAGUCUGACCUGUAGUGAAAUCCCGAUCAAUCACCACAACGGCCAGGAGGGCACGGAGUCAUCGCGUCCUGGUUGGAUUAGUAAUUAGCUGAUGUUAAUUAGGUUUCUGGUUACAGUUUGUAUUGACAUCCUGGUGUAUAUAUUUCUGUGUCCAAUGGGGUAAUUUUAAAGGGAUUUCCAUCCUAGAGAUCAGCAAAAGAUUAACCCUUUCUUGGCCGGUCUCAUCAUUUGUUUCACAUGGAUUUCAAUAUCAUGGGGAUGAGGCAGCGGUCAACAAGGGGUUGUACUCGGGGGGGUACCAUGGAAUUUAAAAUGACCCGCGUAGCCCUCGAAGGCACAGGCGACGCCGUCAACCCUCUUUAUAUAAGUUCACAUGUAAAAGAUGUAUAUAUAAUUAAAAAUAUAUAAAGUAGAGAUUAGUAGAGUAUAUCACAUUGUUGUUAGUAGAGCCCCUUAUAGUAGCCAAGUCACAUCUAGUCACCGACCACAUUAAAAUUGUUAAUAAAAACUGACAUUUCUGAGAACCAAAAAAAA